CCCAAAGUGGAUUGAGAAAGCAUAUGGUUGAAAAGAUACGACUUUCAUUAAAAGAUUCACAUGACUAUCUUGAUGACGUUGCUUAUAAGAUUAACAACUAUCUUCCAUCAUACCAAAAUUAUAUAAAGAAACUUAAAGAGGAGGGCUACAAAAUCAUAGGGUAUAUCAGAAAGUCGCCUGGCAAAGAGCCUGAUGAUAGAAGGCGCCAACUUUUAAAAACUAUGAGCCUAAAUCUUAAAGAAAGAUCGUUGGUAGAUGUGGUUUUUGCUUCUCCUUGUUCCCAAGCUUCCGAUCCUAUGCAAAGUAGAGAUAAAAAUCAACACACAUUAUUGGACGAGAUUGAUGUUGAAGGAAGCACUCAAGACUUGAUAAAAUUUAUAGCUUCAGAAAUCAAAGUUUGUUUGGCCACUUUGGACUAUGCCGGCCUUAGCACAAACUGUUUGGACUUAAAGGAAUUCUUAAGUGAAAAGACACAAAUUAAAAAAAUUAUAGUUGAUCUCUUUCCUUAUACCAACGAAAUGACUGUGUAUGAUUGUAAGCAGCUAUUAGAAGAUCCUGGACGUUUAAAGGUUUUCAAUUGUAGAAAAGCUUUUUACCGAAGAUCCAAGUAGUUU